GCCCGCCCUCGCCCUCACCGUCAACACCUGACACGGUUAUUAUCUGUGCCAAGCACGAGAGCGAUCCGUCACCCAUCAUGGCGAAUCGAAUCCAUCAAGAUAUGUCUGCCGUCCUGUCUGAGCACUACCUCGGCGAGUUCAAGAUGCGACUCGGUAACAUCACCUGCACCGAGAUGGUGCGGCCCCUCAGCCAAAAUGGUCUGAAACACCUCGAGCGCUCCAUUCAAGAAGUGGGCUGGCUCGAGAGUUUUGCUCCUUCUUCUGUUGUCAUCCAGCAAGACCGCCUCGGUGACAGCGAUGAACCCGCUGCCGAGGCCGCGCUCACCACACCUGCCCACACUCUAGACAGCAACCACAGGGUGGCUACGCUGAAGAAGAUGGACGGCGAAAGUGGCGUGUUCCUCGUUCGGGUCUACCUCGAGUUCAGGCAUGCAUGCGGAUGA